CCUUAGUACACACCAUUGUCCAGAUUAACCUAUUAUCCAGUUAAUCACUUUUCAAUUUCCUUAACUUUUCACUUCUAUCCUUAUUAUUUCAGAUUUCAUGUUUCUCUCUUCAUCUUUACCUCCCUCUAUCAUCGUCUCUCUCUCUUCAUCUUCAUCUUCAUCUUCAUCUCCCUCAACCCUAGCCGCCACCACAGUCCCUUCUCCCUUCCAUACAACCCCUUCUCCAUUCUCUCAGAUUUUGCACGAAAAACACAGAAACCGCAGUUUGCUGUCGUUAUUAUGUAAACCGAGAUUUUGUUGGCAACUUCAUCUUCAACUCAUUCAACCCUUUUUCACUCAGGUAAGCAAUCGUUUCCUUUUACCUUGACCAUAGAGCAUCAUCUGAAGUUAUGAAACACAAAAGAUUUGAGAUUUGUUAGGGAGAGAUGUUAGCAAUUGGGACUGAACUCUAGAUUUCGGUGUACCUACCCAAACCACUAGAAUACUCCUUUUGUUAUAUGAUACUGCUUCUCACCACUUUCGGUGUGCUACUGUUGCGUCCAAUGUGAAGCUACAGGUGCGGAAUUGAAGCUUCAAUGGUUGGUGAUGUGGAAUUGACGCAUUGAGGUGAUGUCGGUGUUUGAGCUUAUGCAUCGAAGUCGGUGUUUAUCUGCGGGUUGAAUGGUCUGCAGAUUGUGUUUGAUUAUGGAGGAUAUAAUCAAUUAAUCUUGGUUGAUUGAAUGUUAUUAUUUCCUUUUUGGUAAAUCUGAAUGGAAAUUUAUUUUAUUAGGUUUGGGAUGCUAACAUUAUUGAAACAACACAAGAAUGAUUCUAUGACAAUAACAUGGAUGAAUACUUCAAAGACAUUCAAACAAAUAUCUUGGAAACAUGUACACUGGUCAAGUACUGGAUCAUAUGGGAAAUUUUCGUCAGCAGAGAUUCAGGAAUUGUCUAAAUUGGUGAUUAAAGGUUUUGAACAGAAAGAGUGUUUGCGAGGACCUAAUGACAAGGAGCUUUUUUUUGAUGACUUUGGUGAAUGUUGCAAAAGAGUCUCUGUGUUGGGUAUACAAGCCUCAUAUUUUAAGAUUUUGUGUGCAACAGCUGUUAAGGAGCUGCCGUUUUUUCACCAAAUGACUGUUGGCACCUUCAGGUUCAUAUUUGACAAGAAGCCGAGCAUCAUGUUUGUUUUUUUGGAAAUGGUGAACUGUGCAUCAAGGCCUCUUCCAAUGGUGAAGCCGGAAGUGGACGAAGUCAACAUAGAGAUGGAGUACUCGAGUGAAGCUAUAUACUCAUGAAGAACAAAUCAAACUAGAGGAACCAACUAGGAUUUGAAAACCAAGAAUCAAAAGAUGUUCUAAUUUUCUUGGUAUUAGUUUUCUUUCUGCCAUUUGUAAUUUGGGACCAUUGCACUUUCCUUGUUCCUUAUCUUGCAAAUAAAGCCUUGUAUAUUGAUCCAAAAGUGAAAAAUCUCUUCCAAUGUAACCAUUUGCUUGACUUUGCAAUAAUCUAUCAUAAGCACUUCAAAAAUGCUUAGGAUCUUGACACAGUGACAUCGAGAGAAAUUGACUGUUGUAUCUACUAUACCCGAAACAUAUCUUAUACUAGCCCUGCAUUUUCUACAGCUUUAUUUACAAGUUCUACAUUUAUUAUCUUUUA